GCAGCGACCCCCCCCUCCCCCCUCCCACUAUCCGCCCUGCUUUCUUCACAGCCCCCCCUCCUCCUCCCCGCACCCUUUACCUCAAUCGCCAAUUCUAUCGCUUCUACUGCCAGUGGUGCACAACAACCGCUGUACCACCGCCAGUGCCAGCGUGUUCGAUCGACCGGCUUAUCGGGAAGAAACGGCCUCACUGGCGGAGGAUUAGCCGACGGCCCCGGGAGCAACCACCGUCGUCGAGAAUGCUGGCUCUUCCUGUGUUGAACAACAUCCCCGUGCUUCGACGACGAUGACGACGAGCUCGGAGACGGGACCACCGGCGUCCACCGCUGUACGUGCCCGCGCGCCGUCGUCCGCGACGCGAGUAGUCGUUCCAAGUGUGCUUCGUGGUUGUGCCGGCUGAAACUGGGCGAUCGAACUGUGCCGUGCUUAAGAGUGCGACCUACACGCUCGGCAGUGUGCUCGGGCUCCGCCACGACGGCAAGGGAAGGCGAGGCGAGCGGCAGCACCGCCUCCAGCAGGAGACGGCGGCGGCUCGCCGCCGGCCGGUCCGCCGACCUCCUACCCUCCUCGUGUUGCUGCUGUUGCCGCCGCUGCUUGCUAGUGUAUCGAGGUGCUUGUGCGGCGUGGUUGCCUCGCAUCGUCGCGAGACGUCCCGGCGUCCGACGCACCGCCGCCGCCGUCGGGCCGAAGACGCGGAUCCGCGGGAUCCGCAGUGAAGCACGGUCGCGGCGCGCGCGGGUGGCGGCGAGGUGCGUUACCAGAUCCUCUAGCCGAGGGGCCACCUAGCCCUGGGGCCGCCGUGGCCUCGCAGCAGCGCCGAGGAUAUGCGCUUCGAGCACUCGGACCUAUCGUGCCAGAGCGCCAUGGCGUUCCAUCCCUUCUUCCUGCCCGGCGGUCCCGCUCCUCCGGGAGCGCCGGCCGCUCCGGGGUCGUCGGCUGCGCCCGCGACGAGGACCACGGACUUCAGCAUGCACUCCAUUCUGAGCCAGCCGGCGCCGACCACGGCGCCCUUCCUGCCUCUGGAGUGCUUCUCGGCCGGACCUCCUCCGCCUCCCGUGCCGCCUCCUCCGCAUCACCUGUUUCCGGGACUCGGUCCCGGUCUGAGCCACGGGCUGAGCACCGCCGCGGCGCUGGCGGCCUCGGGCCUGGCGCCUCCUCCGGGACUGGCUAUGCCCAGGGUGCCGGGAGCCGCGAUGACGCCCGAGGAGAUGCUCACGGUGCAGUUCAGGCCUCCGCUGUUGAGACCCGUCGAACCCGAAGACGACGGCGUCCGCGACGACCCCAAGGUGACCCUCGAAGGCAUGGAACUGUGGGAGAAGUUUUACGCGAGCGGCACCGAGAUGGUCGUCACCAAGUCCGGAAGGAGGAUGUUCCCCGCCUACAAGGUCCGAGUGUCCGGCUUAGACAAGAAGGCCAAGUACAUCAUGCUCAUGGACAUCGUGGCCGCCGACGACUGCCGGUACAAGUUCCAAAACCGGAGAUGGGUCGUGGCCGGCAAGGCUGACCCCGAGAUGCCCAAGCGGAUGUACAUCCACCCGGACUCUCCAGCGACGGGCGAACAGUGGAUGCAGAAGGUUGUCUCUUUCCACAAGCUCAAGCUCACCAACAACAUCUCAGACAAGCACGGAUUUACCAUCCUGAACUCGAUGCACAAGUACCAGCCGCGGUUCCACUUGGUACGGGCAAACGACAUCCUCAAGCUGCCUUACAGCACCUUCAGGACGUAUGUGUUCAAGGAAACGGGCUUCAUCGCAGUCACCGCCUACCAAAACGAGAAGAUCACGCAACUGAAGAUCGACAACAACCCGUUCGCGAAGGGCUUCAGAGACACCGGGGCUGGCAGAAGGGAGAAAAAGAGGCUGGGCGAGUCUUCGUCGCACCCGCUGGGCGGCGACCACCUGGGACGGUCGCUGCAGGACGGCGACUCGAGCGACGACGACGAGCAGCUGGACGUCGGGGGCGCCGACGACCUCAGGGCGACGGGACUCAACGGAUCGUGUCCGUCGACGCAGGACCACGACGCGGCCCACGAGCGAAGCGGCGGCCGGCACGACGACGCUGCCAACGGCGACCGACGAUGCUCGCCGAGCCCCAACAACCUCGCCGUUGCGGCAGCCGCUGCCGCCGAAAUGUCCCUGCACAGCCUCCAGGGCCUCAGCCUGGCCGCCGCAGCGCAUCCCCAGGCCGCCGCCCUGUUUCCCUACUUCUACCCCGCGGCGUCUUUCUACCACCCUUCCAUGGGUCUCCAUCCGUCCGCCAUGUUCCUGCCGCGAGGCGGACCAUCGGCGUCAUCCCUGGUCGGCGGCCCGCAUCCUGCCAGCUUGCCUCUUCUCAUGGCCGCCAGCCAGCACUUCUUCAACGGCCAGAACCCCAUGGGACAACCGCAGCAGCAGCAUCCGCACGCCGGCAGCGGUGGUCUCAUGUCGGGUGAGUCCGUGGGGUCCAGAUUCCUGAAGCAGCAAGCCGGCCCCCAGCAGGGCCGGUUCGCCCCGUAUGCCGUGCCCGUGGCGUCCACUGCUUCGCCCUCGUCCUCCUCCUCUUCUUCCUCGGUGCCGCAGCAGCACAUCGUGGCGCCUACGCCUACGUACCCGGACUCGGUGCUCCAGGAGCCCGCCGCAACAGCGGCCGCCAGGACUUUGUACGGGCCCACUGCGGGAGUUGUUGGUGCCGUGCUGGACAAGUGCCUCAGUUCGCCGUCGUCCGAGACGGGCGGCAACAGCUCGGACAACUCGCUCGCCUCGUCGUCCAUGGUGUCGAGCGAACUCAAGAACAUGGAGAACAUGGUGAACGGACUCGAGAGGCGCCAGGAACAGUUAGCCAUGCUCUCGCUCUCCAGGCUGAGCGACAAGUAGCGUAUAUGUAGAACGCGCAGGCGUAGUGCAGUGCUUUUUCUUUCUCUCCUUCUUCCUCUCCCUCUCGUAUUAUAUGUGUACAGGGGUGGUGUGCUGCGCGCGUGAUCGACUGUGGUGAACGAAAUAUAGGCCUUCGUGGACUGCGGUGUAACGCCCGGUUCAGUGUGUGUCCUGUGGUGAAGGGCCGAAAAGAGGAAAACAAAAAAGAACUCAGUGCAAUCUGUGUGUGCCAUCGUCGCGAGAACAAGCCAGUCAGUCGCGGAGCAGUGCGGCCUUGGAUAAAACGAACAGGCCAGCCAAGUCGUUGAAAGACUGGCCCUCAACGCAUACCAGCCGGGUGCCGCCCCUGUCCACGUCUUUGUGUACGGAUGUGUAUAGCGUAGAGACUUUGCCUGCGG